AUGUAUUGGUAUAAUGGGCUAAUUCAUAUUGUAAUGUUUGGGCAGAAUUCACUUAUAAAGACUCAUAAUGGUGGCUAUUCAAAGCCAACUGGUACUGUGGCUCUUGGCUUUGGCUAUGGUGUUAGAGCUUACUUGUAUGAAAUUUCUUGGUUCAGCAGAUUUACUUUAUCGAGCAAUAGUAACCAAAUUACUCUAUUUGAUUCGUCUGGUAACCUCAAAUAUCUAGAUGGGACUUGCACAGUAACUUGCCCAGAUUCCUGGUGUCAUCCUACUCAAAAAUGCUUAGGCUUGGCAACUUCCUGCUCUUCUUGCGAUUCAACUGGAUGUAAAGCUUGCUGAACAAACAAGGAUCCUACAACUUUUUGCAAUACUGACUGCCCUCCAAUCUGUGCUAGAUGUUUAUCUUCUACAGUAUGCUCUCGAUGCAAUUCAGGGUAUUUCCUCUAUGAUAAAUCUGGGGCGACAUCAUGCGUUGGUAAUUUUUAUUUAGCUUGUAUUGACUCCUGCGAUUCUUGCACAACAACUCCUGAUUGUUUUUACUGUGCUAACUCAAUUGCUCAAGAUGGGUUGACUUGUAGAGUUGAUUCUAUUGGGUACCAACUCAGCUUCUCUAUCCAAAUAUUGAACUUGAUUUUGCUCAUCCGCUUGUUUCGACUCUGACUAAAGGCACCAUUGAAGUGACUCUAG